ACCCAGCCGCCUUGUAACCCUAUCCUGCCUCUGCGCAUGCGCGAGGAUGUCAGCUGGGGCACCGAGGAGGCAGCAUCAUGGCGGCCUCCACUCUAGGCGUGCAGUGUGUCUUGCGGAGAGCGAUGGUCCCGUCUUUAGUCGUGAUUCUUGGAGCUACGGGCACCGGCAAGUCCAAACUGGCGAUCGAGAUCGGAAAGCGGCUCCAGGGAGAAAUAAUCAGCGCCGACUCCAUGCAGGUAUACAAGGGUUUGGACAUCAUCACGAAUAAGGUGACUGCUGAGGAGCGUGCCCAGUGCGCACAUCACAUGAUUGGCUUCGUGGACCCCUUGGUGCGGACCUACACGGUGGUGGACUUCAGGAACAAAGCAGUGGAGCUCAUAGAGGACAUGCACCGCAGAAACAGGCUGCCCAUCAUUGUCGGAGGAACAAACUAUUACAUCGAGUCUCUGCUGUGGAGAGUCCUGCUGGACCCGGUGCAGGAGAACGAGGACUCGGGGGAUGGAGCAGAUGGAGGCCAGAGCAGGAAGAUGGAGCUGGAGAAACUGGGAGGAGAGGAGUUGUAUAAAAGACUGGCUGAGGUGGACCCCAAAAUGGCCUCCAUGCUGCACCCAAAUGACAAGCGCAAGAUAGCCAGAAGCCUUCAAAUUCACAAGGACACGGGUGUCCCUCACAGCCACUGGCUGGAGGAGCAGAGGGGGCAGCUGGGGGGUGACGGUCUCGGAGGACCCCUCAGGUACCCAGACCCUUGCAUCUUCUGGCUGCACGCAGACAUGGAGGCUCUGGACCAGCGGCUGGACGCUCGCGUGGACGAGAUGUUGUCUGCAGGCCUGAUGGAGGAACUCAGAGAUUUCCAUCUCAGAUACAACCAGCAGAAAGUCCAGGACGACGGUCAAGACUACCAGCAGGGGAUUUUCCAGUCGAUCGGUUUUAAGGAGUUCCACGACUACCUGACAGCGCCGGAGAGCAGCGGCCAGCAGGAGAAAGACAAACUACGGGUCAAAGGCAUAGAAGCUUUGAAAGUCGCCACGAAGCGCUACGCCCGCAAACAGAAUAAAUGGGUCCGUAACCGCUUCCUUAAACGACCAGGAGACAGCGUCCCCGCUGUGUACGGCCUGGAUGUGACAGACGUGUCGAGGUGGGAGGACACGGUGCUGAAGCCUGCACUGCAGAUCCUGGACAGCCUCAGCAAGGGCGAGGAACCAGCUACGGCGCCCAUCAGAGUGCAGGGCCAGAGAAACAAGCGCAGCCACCACACCUGCGACCUGUGUGACAAGAUCAUCAUCGGAGACCUGGAGUGGGCAGCUCACCUGAAAUCCAAAAAGCAUCACUAUCACGUGAGGAAGAGGAGGAAGUCGGAUCCAGGAUGCGACCCGCCUCAGAGCGCCGCUGCUGCUGCUGCACCCGCCAUCUCUGCAGAGGGCCCCGCCACGACGGACGGCGGAGCUGCUGCUGCUGCUGCUGCUGCUGCUGCUGCUGGCCCGGACUGCACAGAAACCUCUCAGGGUUCUUCCACAGAAACGGGGACAGAACACACAGAAGCACCGGGAACGCCUUGACGGCUGUCCGAGCUACGGCUGUGUUAAUUAGGGCUUCCACUCCCAUGUUUCUGUUGUUCAAAAACUCUACAAAUGACCUUUAUUAAUGGACGAUAAAAAGAUCUUGUCAGUUUGGUUGCAAAACUAAAUCUGACACAUUUGUGCCUUUUUUUUUUUUAACUUGCGUUUUUUAAGAACUGCUCAGUUCCAUGUUUUUGCAGAAAACGCCUUCUGUGAAGUGCUGACAUUGUUAUUUAUUUCCCCGUUGCUACAAUCUGUUUCCCAAAGGGUUGCCUUUUAGAUGUUGACUUGACAUCAGUAAAACGGUAAAUUAGAAGCUCCUCAGCUCAUGGGUGUUUUUUUUUUUUUUGUUGCAUUUCUAUCGAUUAAGAACACAAAAUUCACUAUGCAGUGCCUCCCCAGAUUAUUGAGACCCAUUUAAAACUACUAAAUAAAAUCCUGUACAAUAAA